CUCACCUGCCACGGUGGUAUCUAUAAUGGGGAGGAGGCGCUACGGGGUGCCAGGAGCUUGGAAGGAGGUACACUAGCCUUCUAACCAUACGCCUGCCCACCCCUCACCUUCCCCACUCACCACACUGCCUGCGCAUAGCAGCUGGAAUGCUUCAUCUGAAAUGCAACACACACGCAUUCCCCCCUCGGGCUCAGCCUACACUGGGAUGAAGGCCCCCGCCCCGUGCCCCUUCUCCAGCCUCACCACAGACAGUCUGUCUCUCCAGGGAAGCUCUGUCGAGGACCUGUGGUCCCCUCCACGCCCGGCCCCUGCUGGCCAGCUCCAGCGCCCCCUGAUGGAAAUGCCUUCCUUAAUCCUGUAUUCACGCAGCUGACCAGUGCUCAGAAACAGCCGUGGUGCCACCCCCUGUGGCAAACCCGCCUGCCCCCCAUCCAAGAUAAGCCCCCACAGCUCCCUGGGUACCCACAUGCCGCCAGCCUGUCAUUUCUGGUGCUAUUUUGAAGUGGUCAGCUAAGACGACUCAACUUCUUGAGCUAGGUUCUUGGGGGAGGAGCUGGGAACAAGCACCCUGUGUCUUAGCACACCUGUGCACCCCUAGCACCUAGCACAGCACCUAGUUCAGGAAUGAUCUCUGAACUAACCUGGGCUGUGUGCAUCCAAGGUCUGAAGCCACAAAAGAAAUGGUUGACGCUGCUCUAAUGAACUGACCCUGCCUCUCCUCCAUACCCACCCAGGGCUUAAAGCAGGUGCAGAAAACUUGUCUGGAUUUCAGAGUGUCACAGCAUCAAAGUCUGCAAGGAAAAGCGACUAUCUGAGGGGACAGUUGGUGUCCAGUCUGAUGCAAUGCUCUUACUUCACAGAGAGGCAAAAUGGUCCUGAAAUGGGGGUGACUUACAUCCCACAGGGAGGGGGGCAGAGCUGGAGCCAGGUUUGAAUGUGUUUUCUUUUAAUGUUUAUUUUUGAAAGAGACAGAGCAUGAGCGGGGAAGGGGCAGAGAGGCAGGGAGACACAGAAUCGGAAGCAGGCUCCAGGCUCUGAGCUGUCAGCACAGAGCCUGAGGUAGGGCUCAAAUUCAUGAACUGCGAGAUCAUGACCUGAGCCGAAAUUGGACACUCAACUGAGCCACCCAGGCGCCUCAGGUUUGAGCGUUCUUGAUCCCAUUUCAGGAGUCUUCCUACCUGCCCCGUGUCCAGAUCCUGGAGGCUGCAGGGUGGGGGGUGAGGGUGGGGGCAAGAACAAAGGGGUAGACCAUGCUAAGCAACCAUUCUUUAGCAGCUGAUGGGCGCCAGUGAUAGCCCUGCCCCUCCCACUUGCCCCCCUGAACCACGGCGGCUCCAGUGGACACACUUUUUGUCCAUCCCUUUGACCUGCCUCCCCAUUAGUUUGUCUUUAAUCAUGCUUGUUGGACAAUACCAAAGUGCUGAUGACUUUUUUUUUUUUUAAUGAGUAUUUAUUUUGAGAAAGAGAGCACAAGCAGGGGAGGGGCAGAGAGAUAGGGAGACAGAAUCCCAAGCAGACUCCAAGCUGCAUCAAUGCAGGGCUCAAUCUCACAAACCAUAAGAUCAUGACUUGAGCUGAAACCAAGAGUUGGAUGUUUAAUCAACUGAGCCACCCAGGCGCCCCUCCCCCCCCAUGACUUUUUCAAACAGAAAUUCAACUUGGGGGCUGCAAGAGCUGGGGUGGGGGUGGGAGGCUGAGAGGGUAAAGGCAAAGGGGGUGAAGUGUGGGUCAGGGUACGCAGCCCCCACCCCAGCAGCCGAAACCACGAGGUCAAUUGAGUGCAUAUCCUCUUGGAGCCCACAAAGACUAGAAAAAGGUGGCACUGACCUGAUACAUCAGGGAAAGUUUUUUCUCUUCCCUGUAUUACAGGCAAUAAGACAAUUUAAUGACAGUCCUCAGGUCUGCGAAGGGUUAUGAGAGAUAAUGAGAUGAUUGCCUCUUUCUUACUUUUCUUCUUGGAAAAGGAAAAGAAGAAAGUCUCUGCUGCAGCAGGAGGGAACUGGGCCAGGUUUGGGAAGUUGCAGUCUAACGGGAGAGUUGGGCCCAGGAAGUGGAGGGUUUCUGCAGAACCCAGCGGGGAGCUCCCAGGCUCCAGAAGAUGUCUGGACCUCAGUGCCCUCCACUCAGUGAAACUCCUUGCCCUGCUUCGCUUCACCCCUCCCUCCUGGGUGCCACACACGCCCUCCCCCCCCCCUGCCUCCAGGGCUUUCCUCUUCACACUGGGCAGCACCCUGCCCAUGCCCUGCGCCUGACCUAGUCUCCCCUCCUUCCUUCUAUCUCAGCCUCAGGGCACUGUCAGGUCCUGUCUUCUCACCAGGAUGAACUCGCUGGUUUCCUGGCAGCUGAUGCUUUUCCUCUGUGCCACCUCCUUCAGGGAGACAUUUGAAAAGGUGGCACCCGUGGAGAAUCCUCUAUCUACAGGCCAGCGGCUCGAAUCCCAGGCCCUCCUGGCCCCGUGGGAGCAGAGCCCGCGAUGCGCGGAGAGAAAGCCCACCGGGGCCCAGCCCAACGCGCGGGGGGCCUCGCUGUGCCCUCCUCCCGAGAGUGCCGCGGGGCCCCAGCGGCCAGGCCUGUGCGCCCCCCGCAGCCGCCUGAUCCCCGCCCCGCGGGGCGCGGUGCUGGUUCAGCGGGAGAAAGACCUGUCCACCUACAACUGGAACUCCUUCGGCCUGCGCUACGGGAAGCGGCAGACCGCGCCUCCCGGAAGCGUCCGCGGGGGGCGCUGCGCUUGGCUGAGCGCCAGGUGCGGGAUGGGGGCGGGGGCAUGAAUUUCAAACCCCAGACUAGGCGUCUGAGCUGGGGGUGGGGGGUGGAGGGUAGGGCAGUGGGAGGGGGACUGGGGCUUCUGUCCUGAAACAAUAAAGGAAAUGCUGCCCAAA